CUGUCGAUGAGAAUUUAUCUUGCAGUGGUGGGUCAAUCCCGGUCUGGACUCGUGUCAUGAUUAAUGAGAUUGUUGCAAUAUCAAUCUCACAAUUGUCGCCGCCGUUGCCACUAUGCUUCAUCUACCAGUACUACCGUUGCCCGGUUGUGCCUCUAGCGACCUCAAGCCUCGGCUGUCCGAGAUGAAUGGACUGGGGUGACGGCACGUUUCCUGUCUGUCCCUCCGCUUUUUCUCACCGUAUGCGGCUCUCUCUUCUCCCUCUUCUCUCCCUCUCGUGCCACUGUGUACCUCUUCACACCCGCACACUCACACGCUCCCAUCACACCACACAUAACACAUCCAUACAUCUACACAUAUGCACCCGCGCAUACGCUCUCAAGCUGUGUGCCUGUGUCCUUUGUAUCUUUCUGCGUCUCCUGUUCCUGUCAUUGGGCCCCUCCCGCCCGCAGUGUUACCAUCACUUCAGGUCGACCACCGGAAAAGUCCACUCUGUUCUGCUCUUGCUCCGACGGGGGUGGGACAUGCCGAUAAUAUUCCGUAUGAAACUUGUGAUGAUUCGAUGGCGUCGUCUGUCACACCCUCGUCCGAAUGCCUUAGCCGGUCGAUCGCCCAGGUCCUGAUGAGUCAUGAUGAAGACAGAGUAGCGAGCGGCUUGGCGGAUGUCUCGCAAUCCUCCUCUGCUUGAUUGAGAAAUUUAGAUUCGAG